AUGGAUUUAGAUAUUAAGUCGUAUAUUGAUAAAUACGUCGAAGCGGAAACAGCAUCCGAAGAUUCGGAUUUGAGUUCGAGGAGCAACGCAUCAAACGGAACAACAGAGGUUAAUCAUUUUUUAGAAGGUAUAACCAAAGUGAAAAAUUUAAUACACGAAUUGGAAAAUAAUUUUCGUGAAACGAACAACAUAAGCAAUCAUUUAAUGCUCAGAUGCGUUCUUUUAAGAACGGAAAAUCAAAAUUUAAUAUUUAAAAUCGAUCAAAAAGAAAAUUUAACCCAACAAUUAAAUAAAACACGUGAAACUCUCGAAGAAUUUCAAUACGAAUCCGAAUCGAACAUAGAAAAUAAUUUAUCGUCUACUGCUAAUUCAUACGAAGCAUUAUUCCUACAGGAAAAAUUAAGAUGUAGUAAAUUAAUGUAUGAAAAAUUAAAACUACAAAAUGAAAUUAAAAAUUUACAAGAUAAAAUUAGAAGACAUAAAAUCAAUCCUUGUCAAAUCAAUACCACCAUUACUACUACUACUACGACGAGUAAUAAAAAAAUUAAUAAUAAUAAUUAUAAUAGUAAUAAUAACAUUAAUAAUAAUAGUAAUUGUAAUUAUAAUUAUAAUCAUAAUAAUAAUAAUAAUGUUAAAAAUUAUAUAAUUAAUAAAAUAAUUAAAGAAUCUACUGUAUAA